GGUCUUGGAAGGGCUGUUUAUCCCGCAGCAAGAGUUUGCUUCGAUAAAGAUGACUGCUAUUAGCUCAAUCAGAUAUCUCCAGCUUCUCCCUCCAAUAGAUCUCCCUUCUUUCAAUCAUAAUCCCCCUCUCCCAAUUCUCAAUUGCCAUAGCCUAGCUCUAUUUUCUGGGUUCAAGAAUCCAUCAUUUUUCCUAGUACCUCGAAUCUAUCGCCAAAUCAUAGCUUCCUCCUCGUCGACGUCAGAAUAUACAACUAUAGCCAGUGAGCAAACCCCAAUGGAAAAUAUUAAUUCUGUGCCGAAUUCUUCCAUGACUCUUCUCUUUGUCGAAAUGGGCGUCGGCUAUGAUCAACAUGGGCAAGACGUUACCUCUGCAGCAAUGCGGGCUUGUAAGGAUGCAAUUUCUUCCAAUUCAAUACCUGCUUUCAGAAGAGGAUCUAUACCCGGUGUAUCGUUUGAGCAGAUGAAAUUGCAGAUCAAACUGGGAGUUCCUCGGCCUCUCCAACAGUCUUUAGAUCUUGAGAAGGUCAAGUCAGUCUUUCCUUAUGGAAGAAUCUUGAUUAUUGAGGUCGUAGAUGGUGGACUGAUAUGCUCCAGCGGUGUCCAAGUGGAAGACAUGGGAGAUAAAAAUGAUGAUUGUUACAUAGUGAAUGCUGCUAUUUAUGUUGGUUACUGACCUUUUUCCUAUAAUCUUCAAGGUCCAUUCUCUUUUACCUUACUGCAAGAAAGAGAGUGACAUUAAGUGCUUCCUAUUUCCAGAAUGUUUGAUCUUUCUUCAAAGAUACGAGUUUAGAUAUAGUGUGAAUUCUUUUCAAAAGCUUUUAGUGAUGAUCAUUUCUUCCAAAAAAUAGUUUAUAGUGAGGAUCGAGUUGACUAUACUACUAUCAUAUAACCAUAAACUGUGGAGUGAAAAUCUGAAUUCUGUAUCUUAGUUGCCAGCGUAGUUUCAUUCAGAAUGCAGUUUCUAAUUAUGUACUCCCUGAUUUUGUACU